CGUGCGUCGUCUGGGCUGCGUCGCGCGUCCUGGUGUGUGCGUGAGCGCGCCAGGGCAGCCUUUUACGAGCUUGUAGGCAGCCUUUUAUCACAGCGCCCCGACACUCAUCAAACUGCCGGGCUGCUAUCCGCUUCGCCGCGCCACAGCCGCCCUUGCGCAGCCCCUUCUCGCCGGCCGAGCUUGGUGUUACGUAAAAGCCGCCGGACACCACCGCUCGACGCCGCCGACGCGCGAGGGCUUGCCUCUACACGCUUCGAUCAGUGCUGGGUGGGAACAGGGCUGCCCCCACGCCCGCCGCCGCGGCACAGCUCGACCAACACGACCACCGGGACGCCGCGCACCGCCGCGGACAACGACCAUGCUGUCGCCGGACCAGCUCGCGACAUUAACAGAUGACGCGGUGCCGCCGUGGGACGUCGACGGGAGUUUACCCUCCAAUUAUGAUACCUGCUCCAGCAUCGGCGACCGCGAGACGUACCGAGGCGCGGCGGCCUUCGUCGCGGAACUCCUGGAGAGCAGCGUCGUCCAAAGGGUGGUGCACCCGUCGGCGAAGGCCGUCCUCCAGCGCACACUCACGGCGCUCGCCCAGAAGGACGACCCGCUGGCUACGGCUUUGGCGUUGGCCAAGGCCGGCGAGGUCCUCAAAGACGCGGCAGAAGGCAGGCCCAAGGUCUUUGAUGUGGCUCUCGAUACCAUAAGGGUCGCGCUCGCGCUGUAUGCCGAAGGGUUAGGGAGAAGCCACCACCGGACUCUUUCAACGAGAUUGCAGAUCGCGGAGACGCUCGCGGCCAAGGGCGACCCCGAAUCUGCCAGGCGGGACUUUGUCGUCGUGCUCGAUGAGUUAGUUGGAGACGAGGCCGAGAUGGUGAAGACGCGAAAGCGCGCCAUGCGGGGGCUGGAAGCGCUCGACGCGCGGCACACCGUGUCGGCCACUUUACGACGGGAGCGGCGGCGGCGGCUCAAGGCCGAGACGGCGGCCCUCGAGGCGGAGUUUCCUAUUUUAUAUGGCCAGUUCGCGGGCCGCCGGAACCCGGAUAUUGAUGACGGUGGUGCGAUUGAAGGUAGCCCUUCCUCAAAGGACCGGUCGCUGACGAUCGACGAGGCCGAGGAGGACGUGUCCGAUCUGGAGGAGCCGGGGUAAGUGUUCUCUCGAUGUCGCCUCUCUACGCCCCUGGCCAAUCCCUGGCCCCGCGCUUAGGCUUCGAGCCAGGGAUAUGUUUAAG